AUGGUUUCCCUACCGAUUGUGGAGGAUGAAAGCUCUGUCUCAAAGGUCCUCACCAACGACGGCCUGCUAGGUGAGAUCCUCCCCCGUAUCCAUUGCCCCACUUGCUAUGUUCGUGCUGCGCUUGCCAGCAAGCGCUGGAUCCGCAACGCCUCGAACCAGACCACCAUCCGCACUUUCCGCUCACAACACUCACCCCACCUACUUGGCAUCUAUGUCUUGAGCGAUGGCUUCUCGCGUCCGGAGUUCGUGCCACUGCCUGAUGCCUCAAGGCCGGAACUCGAACCUGCACUCCGUCAUGGGAAGUUUGGUUUCGAUGACUUGGAUACUUUCUCAUUGAGUGUUUGGGAUUGCCGCAACGAACAUGUCCUCUACGGAUUCGGUCCAUCCUUCGAACUUCCCCUUGGCCCUGCUGUGCAAACCCCACUGCGUUACCCUGGAGAAAAUACGGUUGUGCUCCCACGGCUACCAUGUACCAUCUGCCCCCCUCACGCCAUGCUCCUCCCUGACGACAAUGAUGAUGACUCCUCAUGCUACCGGGUUGACAUCGAGAAUAGGGACCAGAUGGUCUAUGCAAAGGUAUUUGUCCUGCGGGCUGGCUCCUGGAGCAUCCACUGCUCAGCCUCGGCCGAUCUCGCUAGGUCGUCGGAGCACAUCCUCAAGGUGACUCUGCUCAUGCUUGGCACAAUAUACAUGUUGACUACGACAGGGUACAUCCUCACACUAGAUCUGGCCACCGCAAAAUUCUCGAUCAUCGAUCUCCCGGAAGGUGUGCAAUUCGAGUACUCUAGCAACCUUGCCCCUUGUCGGGGAGACGACUCCAUUCUCUACCUUUUCCACGUGAGUGGGGACAAGCUUACCGUCUGGCUCCAGAGGAUGAAUGACCACGGCGGUGAUGGAAGCACCGCCAGCAAGUGGAUACUCAGGGACACCAUUUCCCUGCUCGAGACAUGUGGCCAUCUUGUAGAGCAAGGUUGGGAGCUGGAAGAUAGGCGUGAAGCCUUUGUGUCAGUGGUCGGUGUUGGGGACAACGCCGAGUUCGUGUUCUUGGAGUUGGAAGAAACUGGAGUCAUUGUGUACAUGCAUCUCAAGAGCAGAAAGGUGAAGAAAGUGUACCAGAGGCACCCGUACAAUGAUUUUGGUAUACGUGUUCUUCCAUUCAUGAUGGUCUGGCCUGCCGUCUUACCAGAACUAUAAAGAUGUAUGAAGAUGAAGGACUGCAUCAAAAGUAGCCACCCAAGUAGAAUAAGUUGUGUCAUGGGACAUUAUGCCGUCCUGGAGUUUUUGUUUACUUGCUUUAAACAUAACA